AUGUGGGGAGCACUGCUGGCGGGGGCGACCAUCGUUCGAGUCCCUGAUCUGGUGCGUGCUGAUCCAUUCGCCCUGCAGGAUUUUGUGCAUGAGCACAGAAUCACUGUCAUGAUUGUGCCCACCGCCCUGUUCCGUGUUGUCGCGCUCACCGCACCCGCCACCUUUGGCGGACUGCGCCAUGUCGUUGUCGGGGGCGAGGCGGUCAGCUCCAAUGCCAUGCGCAAGGUCCUCGAGACCGCACCUCCGGAGAAUCUGUGGAAUUGGUACGGUCCCGCCGAGGCGACCAUCUAUGUGACGAUGGGCCGGGUGGAUCAAGAGGAGGUUCAGCGCCCGCGUAUCAGUAUUGGACGGUCUGUCGGAGACACGAAGAUCUAUCUCCUUGAUGAUAACCUAACGCCUAUUGCCGAGCCAGGGCGCACUGGGGAGAUCUGUAUUGCGGGACCUCAGGUGUCGCCGGGGUAUUUGAACCGUCCUGAUGAGAACGAGAAGAGUUUCGUCCUUAUAGACGCAGCCACGUUGGGUGUCUCGUCCGAUGAACCCGUCCGGGUCUAUCGAACGGGCGACCUUGCUCAGUGGAGAGACGACAGUGGUGUCCUCGAUUACAUUGGCCGAGCUGAUGACCAGGUCAAGGUCUCGGGGUAUCGGGUAGAGCUGGGGGACAUUGCAUGCUGCAUUGAGCAGCACCCACAGGUCCACUCGUGCGUUGUCAAGUUCGAUCAGAAAGGCGAUGUGGACUAUCUCGAGGCAUAUGUGAUCCCCGCCGACUGGGACAGAGAUUUUCGAUCCGAGGAGCUAAUUGAUUGGGCGAAAGAGAGGUUGCCCUCGUACAUGGUGCCAGGCAUGGUGUACAAAAAGCGCAGCUUCCCCUUAUCCGCGAAUGGAAAGGUUGAUAGGAAGGCACUGCAGCCGGACAAUGGUGACGAGCAGCCAUGCGAUGAAGAGAGGGGAAGCCAUCCGAAAGAUACAACUGAGGAGGUAACAAGAGUCGACAACGGUGAGAUGGAGGACUUGGCAGACUAUCUCGCAUCAAUACUUCAGGAAUACCUCCCUAAGUCGGAGACUACUCCUAGCGAUAACUUCUUCUCCCAUGGAUUGACCUCCCUGCAGGCUGCUCGACUCCUCGGACGGAUCAGGCAGGACUGCGGCAAGAGCAUCACCCUUGCCCAGCUCCAUCAAAACCCAACGGUCGAGCGACUUGCCAAGUUCAUGGCUGGCUCGGUCGGCAAGAAUACCGAACAAUCUGACUUGGAGCGAUGGGCGCAGGAUUCCAAGCACCUGGACAUUGAUCUCCUGCCUCCCGACUGGCAGGCAGAGGACGAAGGCCGCGUGUUCCUCACCGGUGGGACAGGCUUUCUGGGUGCGCAUGUCCUCCAUCAGCUCUUAAGCAUGCCGUCAGUUCGGAAAGUCGCCUGCCUUGCACGAGGGCGGGGUGACCUCAGUGCCAGCGCUCGUAUCCAGCAGACGCUGGAAAAAUAUGACCUCUGGGAUGGUCGACUGGAAACAACCCAGAAGAUCAUGGUCCUGGAGGGCGACCUGGGGGAUAACACCCUCGGGCUGGGGGAAGAACAGUUCAAAUGGCUCACCGACUGGGCGAGCGUCAUCUUCCACGUCGGUGCACGGGUCAACUGGUGCGAGCCGUACGAGGCGCACUAUGUGCCAAAUGUUGUGGGCACGCGGAACGUCAUUCGUGCGGCGAUGUCGGGCCGUCGCAAGGCCCUGCACUAUGUCUCCUCAAUCGACGUCUGGACCGUCACGGGAUAUAUCAACAAGGUGGAACGCGUCUAUGAGGAUGAGCCGCUGAUGCCGCAUCUGAAUGCCGCCCCGUAUGAUACGGGAUACUCGGCCAGUCAAGUCGUCGCCGAGGAAAUCGUUCAGCGAGCGCGAGCCAGUGGUCUCCCGACUGCAAUCUACCGACCUGGGUUUAUUAUCGGCCACAGCGAAAAGGCCAUUGCGAAUGAGAACGACUUUUUCUCCCGGCUGAUCAUGGGCAGCAUCCAGAGUGGCUAUUUCCCUCAUCUCCCGACCCAGCGCCUGGAGUACGUGACGGUCGACUAUGUCACAGCGGCUAUUCUACACAUUGCGUCCAGCCGGGACAAUCUGGGUCGAGCAUAUCACAUCGUGCCGCCGGACAGGUCCCGGUCAGUCGACUACGAGCAAAAGUACAAAAUGCUGCGCGACCUCGGGUAUCCCGUGCAGAUGAUCGAAUACAGAGGAUGGGUGGAGAAGAUCCGUAACUCGCCCGAAAACACACUGGAACCGAUGAUGCCGUUGCUCGACGAGCCUGUCCAUGGGGACUUGAGCCGGCUGCAGACGAGCAGAAACACUCCCAUCUACGACCCAACGAACACAGCACGCGCGUUGCAAGACCGUCCGGAUAUCAAGUACGUUGCUCUCGAUGGACAUUUGCUGCAGCAGUUUAUCCGCAAUUGGGUGAAACGAGGGCAAUAUCGUCUCGACCAUCAUUGUAAAGGCUGUUUCGACGAACAAAAGUGA